AUGGGAACGACGGCGGAGACCAGUUUUCUGAGAUGGCAGAUGCAGAUGCCGAAUUUGCCGCCAAGUGAAGCUGGGACAAAGAUCCGAGAUCUGCGGGUGUUUUCAGGCAAGCAACUGCGGAUGUACUACACUGUGGUGGGACGGGAGGAAUGGUGGUGGGUGAUGGACGAUUCCAUCGAUGCUAUUGGAGCCCAGCUGGAGAAGCAAGGCUACUGCAUCCUGGAUGGAUUCCUAACCAAUGAGCAAGUCAGGCAACUGCGCAGGGAGGUCCGAGAAUGCCACAGCGAGGGGCGCCUCACAGGGGGCGGCUUGGUGAACGGCCGACUGCCGUCCGCGGAUGACGCCAAGUAUGCGGACCGUGCCACCCGCGGUGAUGUCAUUGGCUGGUUCGAUCCGGAAGAAUGGCACCACGGCAAGGGCUUGGAGUCCUACCUGGUCAAGUUGGGCACGUUGGUCCAAGAGCUCGGUCGCCCGGUGAAGGAUCUGAAGAAGGUCACCUCGCGGUCCAAAGCUAUGGCCGCCUGCUACCCGGGCCACGGAGCGCGCUAUGUGAAGCACGUGGACAACGAUGAGAACCACCCCCUGUGCCGAACGCGGCUGUUGACCGCGCUGAUCUAUUUGAAUGAGAGUUGGCAACAAGGAGAUGGAGGUGAGCUUGCGAUCUUCGACGCCAACGACCCCAACAUCUUGCGUCAAACGGUGGCUCCGCAGCAGAACCGGCUGCUGCUCUUCUGGUCGGACAGGCGCACACCGCAUGAGGUGCUCCCCAGCGAGAAGUUGCGCUACUCGGUGACUGUCUGGCUCUUGGAUAAUACCAAGAAGGUCGAUCUCUCAGCGGGAUACCCCGAACCUGAGCGAUCGCCCCGCAAGUUGGCAACCGAGUCCUGCCCGUCCAGCUUGGGUCCGUCACAGGUGAGAUACACCUGGCACCUUGACGACUCUUCCUGGACCUUGGAGGUUCAACUGCCAUUGAGCGCCCCAGAGACCUGCCCCGUGCUGGACGUCUCCGAGGCGCAGGUGCGCCUCAGCGCCGAGGGCGGUCAGAUCUUGUGCGUGCCGCUGCCGGAGGGUGAGAUGGCAGCGCCUGUGCCCAAGUGGUUGAGGAAGAAACGCCUGCUGAGCAUGAAAUUUGCCAAGAUCAAUGGAGGUGUCGCCCCAGCGGUUUUUCCCUCGGCUCCCUCCUUCGCCGCGGACCUCGCGGAACGCGGCUGGGCCACGAUCGAUGGCUUCCUGCCGGGCCCGGUGGCGGAUGAGCUGCGACGCGUCGUGCUGGAGCAGAAAGCCGCGGGGAAGCUGUGCUAUGGGAAGAACCAGCAUGAAGGACCGGUGAGGGAAGAUGGGACCAAGUCGCCCAUGAAGAACGACGAAUACACCUUCCUGGAAGAUCCCAUUGGCAGUCUGCCCUCUGCCCUGCGACAGCUGACACAGCGCUGUAACCAGUUGUUGGCCAAGCUGUUGGUGACAGACCGCUUGGAGAAGUUACAGGGGAAGAACCUUUGGCAGGGUCAUCCGAUGCUUGCCGUGUACCCCGGCAACGGCGCUGCCUACGGUCGACAUUUGGACUCCACUGGCGGGCGACGGGGCAAUGGGCGUGUGCUGACACUGGUGCUGUACCUGAACCCUUUCUGGCAACCAGCCCACGGUGGCUGCUUGAGACUGUUGGAAGAGCUGGCAGAUGAGAGUGGGCCUGAAAUCGAACCGCUGCAUGGUCGAUUGGUGGGAUUCUUAUGUGAGGAUCAAAAUCCACAUGAAGUCUUACCCUGCUGGAGUGAACGCGUGGCCGUGACCAUUUGGUACUACGAUGCCGACCGACUUACGGAACGCUGUGAAGGGGAAAUUUCGGGUGUCUUUGAAGGUGGAUGCUUAGCGGUGAGCAUGGCAGGCGCUGAUUUAGCCGAGCAGAUCCGCAGCAAAGGCUCCUGGAAGGCAGCGCUGCAGCUGCUGGUGCCAGAGCUUCAAAAAAGGCAACCUGUAGAUCUACGCCUGGUGGGCCCCGUCUUGAGCGCCUGUACGCGACAAGCUGCGCCGUGGCCGAUUGCCUUGGCCCUGCUGGAGGCGUCAAAGCCGGGGCCCAUCGCGUACAACUCGGUGGCGAAUGCAUGUGAACGAUCUGGACACUGGCAACAGGCUCUAGCGGUCUUAGCCCGCAUGGGCUCUAUUCGUUUGGAAUUGGAUAGUUUUUCCUUCUGCACUCAGAUGUGCUCUUUGGCUGCCGGGCAGUUGUGGUCAGAGGCUCUGCAGCUGGAGCGGCGGUUGAUGGAACAUGGGGUGGAGCCGAAUACCAUUAUUUGCAGUGCUGCCAUCAAUGCUUGCGCGAAAGCGGGGCAAUGGAGGUGUGGCCUGCAGCUUCUGGGCACCAUGGUGGUGCAGGAAAUUCCCCGCAGCACCGUGACGUUCAGCUCAGCAAUCAGCGCCUGCGCACGGGCCGGGGCUUGGACGGUGGCUUUGAGUCUUCUAGGCGACAUGCGCAAGGAUCAAGUUGUUGCGGACACCAUUGUCUUCAGUGCUGCUAUGAGUGCUUGCGAGAAAGCCGGGCAAUGGACAGCAGCCCUGGACUUGUUUAGUCAGAUGCAGACGCUGGCGGUGCAACUGGAUACUGUGAGUGUGAGUGCCGUCAUCAGUGCAUGUGAAAAAGCUGCAGAAUGGGAGGCAGCGGUGCAUCUGCUGUCCCAGGCAGAUGACCUGGCUGCCACCGUGACGUUUUCAGCGGCCAUUUCGGCCUGUGAGAAAGCGGCGGAAUGGCGAGUGGCGUGUGCCCUGCUGCAGCAGCUGCGGAUGGCGGCGCUGCAACUGGAUGCCUUUCCCUUCAGUGCGGCCAUUGCGGCUUGCGCCAAAGUGGGUCAGUGGCAAGUCUCGCUGCGGAUUUUGCAGCAGAUGACGUCCCAUCAGGUGCUGGCAGAUGCUGCGACGGGCUCAGCGAUGAUUUCGGCAUGUAGCAAUGGAGGGGAGUGGAGAUGGGCCCUUCACCUGCUAGGCGCCUGUCCCCCUGACGUCUUUGCACAUAGCGCUGCCCUGAGCGCAUGUGAAGCGGCCGGGAAGUGGCAGCAUGCCCUUCAGCUGCUAUCUCUUAUGGUGCAGCAGACCCUUCCAGUCGACGGCAUCAGUGUGGGCGCUGUGGUGGGUGCGGUGCAGCGCACCCUGGGGGAGCCGGCAGCGGUGGAGCAACUGAAGGCGAUCUGCAAAGGGUGGCUGGAUGCUUCCGGCGACGCAAAGCUGAUGGAGGAGCUGUCGGGUUUAGAGGUGAUCCUUCAAGUCGAAGGCUUGGUGCUUCUGAACAAGGCUUCUGGCGUGUUGACUGAGGACCUGCUGGCAACGUUGCAGCAACGCCUGGAGCCAUGCCACGCCACAUGCAUCUCGCGGCUGGAUGCGGGGACCAGCGGCCUGCUGCCUGUGGCGCUGGAAGGUCCAAGUAGCCGAUGGUUCAAAGCCCAGUUUGCGGGGCGUUUGGCCAAGAAGCAGUACCUGUGCCUGUGUCACGGCUCGGGGGUGGUUGGAUCCGAACAGCUGAUCGCCUCACCCCUCCGCGUCGACGACGGCGCACCUGGCUUUGCGGCGCGCGCGCUGGUCGACGAGGAGCACGGGAGGGAGGCCGUCACGGUCUACAAGGUGCUGAAGCAGUACCGCCCCGGGCGAACGCGAACGGUCUACUCCUUGGUGGAGGCGAAACCCAAAACCGGACGAAUGCACCAGAUCAGAGCCCACAUGGCUAGCCUUGGCUGUCCCUUAGUGGGAGACCGACAGUACGGCCUCCAGCGUGUAGCUUGGUGUCAACGUCUCUUCCUUCAUUGCCUGCGACUGGAGCUCCUCGACUGGUCCAGUGAGGAGUUCAUUUCGCUGGAGGCAGCUCUGCCUGUGGAGCUGGCUGCGGUGCUGGAGAUGUUGGAACGCAGUGAGGCGGCGUUUCAAGAGCAUUGACCAAAGCUCGAGAGCUAUGCCAUGGCUGUGCCAUCAAAGGCAGGUCAUGUAGGUCAUCUCCAUCCAAAAGUCAGAAUUACUGUAGCGGAAAUAUGCUUGAUGGUUUCAGAC